GGUCCGCUACUAUAUGUGUCGAGUUCAUGCAGCUCGAAUCCUCUUUUUUAGAUCAGUCGAUUGUUGGUUUGUGUCUGCUUUAUGUCACAAUGUCUCUCAAGAAACUCUUACUGUAAAAAGACGAACAGGAACCAAAGAAAAAGAGGAAGAGGAAGAAGAGGAGGAGAAUGGAUCGAGAGAUGGAAACUACUGAUGAGGACUGCAGUGUAGCCACAGAAGCAAAUGGUGCUUUUCCGCUACGGUGCACUGAGGAAGUACUUCUCCCUUUCUUCACAGAUGAGAGUCUGCAGGUUGCCAUGAACGUACGACACCCUCCUGCCUCCCCCGGUUACCCACCUGCCCUCCCAGAACUCCGACUGGUCCUGCUGGGAAGAAAGGGAGCCGGCAAGAGCGCUGCAGGCAACACCUUGCUGGGAGGUGUGGUUGGGUUUGAGAGCGGGAAGCCCACAGAGGAGUGCGUGAAAAGGCGAGCAGAUGUUGUUAGACGGAAAGUCACAGUGGUGGACACACCUGGGUGGGAGUGGUAUUACCCACUCAACAGGACCCCCAACUGGGUGAGGAGGGAAACUCUAAGAAGUGUUACCCUUUGCCCACCUGGACCUCAUGCCGUGCUCCUGGUAGUCCGCUCCUGUGCAUCCAUCACAGACAGCUACAUCCAGGAGAUAGAGGAGCACCUGGAGCCACUAGGAAAGGAUGUAUGGGAACACACCUUGGUGCUUUUCACCCGGGGAGAUGAACUUGGCCUGUCAACCAUGGAGCAGCGGAUCCAGACUAGUGGUUCUGGACACCAGAGACUCCUCCAGAAGUGUGGCAACAGAUACCACAUUGUAAACAACUAUAACAAAGGAGACGACACACAAGUAAAGGAACUGAUAAGGAAGCUGGAGGUGAUGGUGGACAGAAAGAAGGGUGGGAAGAGUCACCUGGAGCUGGAUAAUAGUGUUCUGCUGGGACUGGAGGCUGAUGGAAAGAGGAGGGCAAGGGAAAGAAGGAAGAAGCAGAGGCAGAUGGAGGCACAGAUGCAGAGAGGAACCAUCAAAGCUGCUCUCAUGAGCGAUGGACCCCAGGGAUCAGAGCUGGAUGCACACCAGUCGUUCUCCAAGACUCCUCGACGGCUACCCGAGGUUAGACUAGUUCUCCUGGGCGAGCGUGAAACUGGGAAAAGUUGUGCCGGGAACGCCAUACUUGGGAAAACUGGCUUCUUCCAAGCAGGAGCUGUGACGGAGGAGUGUGUACGCCAGCAGGCGGAGGUGGCAAGGACUAUGGUGACAGUGGUGGACACCCCGGGCUGGGAGGCAGGAGUGGCCGGUGCCACGCCGGAGCGGGUCAAACGGGAGAUCAUGUGCAGCGUGGCUCUGUGCCCUCCUGGGCCUCACGCCCUUCUGCUGACUCUGAGGGUGGACACUCUGGUGAGGGCAGGACAUGUCAGGGAGCACCUGGAACUUCUUGGAGAAGGAGUCUGGAGACACACAAUUCUGCUGUUCACCCACGGCGACCAGCUCCGCGAGGGGGUCGACAUUGAGCGGCACAUCCAGAGCGGAGGCCGGGACCUACAGGGGCUGCUGGAGAAAUGCAGGGGCAGGUACCACGUGAUCAGCAGCGGAGAUGGAGGAGGACGAGGGAGUGGAGGCUCUGCUAGGGUGGCGGAGCUUCUGGAGAAAGUGGAGAAGAUGGCGACGAUGAACAGGUGUGAAGCCUUCUCCUGCGUGGUACAGGAAGUUAGGGAUCUGAGCCUUCAGAGGAACGAAAAGUUCAACCAGCGGCUGAAGGAGAUAGGAGACAAGAUGGUUCGUCAGGAGGCAGAGUUAAAGAAGUUGAGGGACAGAGAGGUGAAGAGCAUCAGGUGGUUCUUUGAUAGAAAGAAGAAGGUGAAGUCACCAGGAAAAGCUGAUGUUCAAAGAGAGGAGGAGGACGAUGAGGACAGGAGGGUCGGAGAAAUAAAAAAUGACUUUGGCGACCUGGAGGAGAGGAUGAGAUGGCUGACAGAGGACAGAGAAAGGGAAGUUCAAGAUCUUAGCCUUGAAAAUGAGAGAAUCCGAAUCGCACUAAAUCAACGUCAACAGGAGAAACGGGAAGUGGAGCUGAACCUGGAGCUAAAAGAGAGGGAGAUCGAGGAGCUGAAGGAAAGGACCGAUGAGCAACAGCUGAAACUUCUUGAUCUUGAACGCUCCUGUGUUGAAUCUGAACAUGAGAGGAAGAGGAGGGAGGAGGAAAUCAGAACAGAGAAACAAGAAUGGAAGAAAAAACUGGAAGACAAAGAGGAAAUUGUGGAAAUGCUUAAGAAUGAGAAAGCAGGGCUGAUUGAAAGGUUUGAAGCUUUACAAGUAAAACUGGAGAAGACGGAAACACACUAUGAUGGUUGUCUAAGAAAAGAAGGAGAGAAAAUCAGAGACAUGGCAGAAAGGGAGGAAAAACUGAAGCAGGAGAUGGAAAAUAAAGACAAACUGCUGGAGGAAGUGAGAAAGAAAGCUGCAGAGGAAAAGCAAGUGAUACUUGAAAAGUUAAAUAUGUUGGAAAAAAGUACAGAGAAGCUGAAACAACAACAUAAGAAAGAAAUGGACAACAAAGAAAUAGAGAUAAAUGACAUUAAACAACAGCACCAAGAGGAGAUGAUCAACAAAAUAGCUGAGAGCCAAAAAAACAUGGAGGCAAUGAAAGUUCAACAAAAACAAGAAGUCAACAAGACUUUAAAAGAAAAAAGUAACGACAUUGAAAGACUCAAACAGCUGCAUGAGGAAGAACUUAGGAGCAUGAAGCAAGAUCAAGAAAAACUGAUAACAGAGCUCAACAAGCAGUUUGCAAAAGAGAAGAGUGAACUUUUGGAUACAAAAAAGAGAGAAAUAGCAGCACUGAAACAUGAUCAUAUCACUCAAAUUGAAGCAAAAGUGCAGGAACAUGAAAAAGACAAAAAAAUGCAUCUACAACAGAAAAAAGACAUGGAACGACAUAUUCAAGAGAAAGACAAGGAGAUGGAGGACUUAAAAGUCAAACACCAAGAAGAGAUGGCAACAAAAAUAAAUGAAAUGGUUAAACUCAUGGAGGAAACAGAAACUGACUACAAGAAGGAACUUGAUAAAAUAGUAAAAGAGAAGGAAGAAGAAGUCAAAAAGGUCAAACAAGAAGAUGCAAAAAUACUUAGCCAGCUAGAGCAAGAGAGACAAAGCAAAACAGAGGAACUCAAACAACAAAUAGAUGAAGGAGAGCAGGAAAAACAGAGACUGAUCAAAGAGUUAAAGGAAAAGAUUGCAGCCCAAACAGAAGAAGCUAGGAGAGAGCAGGAGAGGAUGUUACAAGAUCUGCAGCAGAGGCAGAAAGAAACGGAGGAAAUCAAAUGGGAGCUGAACAAGGAAAUCAAAAACAGGGCAGCAGAUAAAGACAGACACACAGAGGAGGUGUUGCAAAAGAAGAAAGAGAUUGAGGAAAUGAAAGAGGAAUUGAAAGAAACAAAGUGGAAAAUGCAACAGAAAGAGGAAAGAGAAAAUGAACUUUUGAGGGAAAUUGUAGACAGAGAAACAGAGAUAGAAAGAUACAAAAAAGAAUUGGAGCAACAGACAAAAGAUGCAAAAGAAAGGUUCAAUGAAAUGAAGGAAAAGAUACUACAAACAGAAGAAAGAGUUAAAGAUCUUCUAAAUGACAUCAAAGCAAUGGGGCAAAAGCUAGAAUUAAAAGACAAAGAGAUUGAAGAGAUGAAAUUAACUAUUAAAGGAAUGAAUGUAGAGAUUCAAGAAAAGGAAGAGAAAGAAGCCGUUUACUUGGAGUUCAGAAAAGAAACUGAGCAACAGCUGAAGACAAAAGAACAAGAAAUCGAACAGAUGAAGGAGAAAAUAAAAGAUCUCGAGCAACAUUUGCAGCAGGCAAACGAGCAAAGACAAAGAGAUGCCCUGAGCUACAAAAAGCAAACGCAACAAACUUUAGAAGAAAAUGGAAGAGUGACUGAAAAGCUGCAACUGCACAUAAAGGACAUCGAAGAGAUUCUGCAGAGAAAGGAAGACGAGCGAGGGGAAAUCAUUCUGAACCAAAAGAAAGAGGCAGAACAACGCCUGCAGGACACAGAGAGGAGGAUGGAGGAGAUGAGGCGAGAGCUUUUGGAAGACAUGGAGAACAAACUGAACGAGAAAGAGAUGGAGAACGAAAGCAUGAAACAACAGUCUGACUCCAGGGAGGCGAGAUGGAGGGAGGAGCUGAAGAAGACAGAGGAGAAAGGAGCGAAUGAGAUCAACAAACUACUACAGAUAAUUGAGAAGAAAACAAAAGAAGAAAAGCAAGCAGAACAAGUUCUCACAGAAAAAGAAGGAGUGAUUGAUCAGCUAAAAGAAGUUUGCAAAAAUUACGUUAAGGACAUAGAAGAGUUGAGGGAAAGCAAUGAAAAGAACACGAUUUGCAUAGAGGAGAUGAAGCAAUGCCAUGCACAGCAAGAGAAAGAUGAAGCAGAGAUGAGGGAUAAGCUUCAGAAAAAAGAAGAUGAACUCAAACAUCUGCUGCAAAAAGACAAAGACAAUGAGAAGGAGGUUGUUCAGCUGAGGCUGACUAUCGAGCAAACUAAAUCAGAGCUGAAAGAGCUCACAGAGAGAAUGGAGAAGGAGAUGACAAGCAUGAUUCAAGAGUAUGAGAAAGAGCUCAACGUCAAAACUGAGAACACAGAGGCCAUUGCUAAGGAGAAAGAGAGUCGCAUCAGUCAGUUAGAGCACAGCAUUCAGGACAUCACCGAGAAAUACGAAGAGAGCCAGAAGAAAGUAGAAGAACUGCAAGAGCAAAAUGAGAAGAUGAGGAAAGAGGCAGAAAAUCUCAGCAUCAAGAGUGAGGAGAUGAGGAGGAAGAGUGAGGAACAGGUUAGGGAGCAUCUAGCGACAUGUGAGGAGAAAGUAAAGAGCAUAGAGGCUAUUGUUAAGGAGAGAGAUUUAGAGGUGAAAAUGUUACAAGAAGCCAAUGAUAAACUUCGAGGGGAGGUAGAAGAGAUUAAAGCGAGUGAAGGCAGGAGCCAGACACAGAUAAAUGAGCUGAGGGAGAAAGAAAAAGAGCAGGCAGAGAGGUAUAAGGAAGAAUGCAUUAAAAGAGAGGAAGUAGCCAAGGAAAGAGAGCAAGCGGUAAGAAGAGAAGAAGAAGAGUUAAGCAAAAGAAGAAAUGACCUCAAUGCAAAACAGGAAGAACUGGUUGAAAUGGAGAUAAAGUUGCAAAGCAAAGAAUCAGAUCUUCAAAAACUCCAAACUAGUCUGGACAUAAGAGAAAAGGAAAUAGAGGAAGAGAAUAAUCAAAGGAAAGAGUUGAACUUAAGGCAACAGGUUAUCGAGAAGAAGGAAAGGGAGUUGGAUGCAUUACUUGGAGCCCUGGAAGGCAAGCAGAAAGAGCUGAGCUCUCAUGGUCAAGACCUCCAGAAGAAGGUCAGGGGUCUGAAGGAUCAAGGGAAAGAGCUGAAGGACAGAGAGUGCUACCUAAAGAACGAGGAGCAGGAGCUGCUCAACUGGAAGUCCAAGCUACUGAUGCAAAAUGAACUUGUCAACUGCACAACACAGGAGCUUGAUGAGAUGCGCAGAGACUUGGCUUUCCUGAAGGAAGACUUGUGUGCCAGAGAGAAAAAGCUAAAGGAGUCACUCAAAAACAUGAACAAAUGGGAGAAUAGUCUAAGAGAAAGAGAGGAAGAGUUGACCAGGAAGGAGCAAAGGUCUAAUGAGAGCACUAAUGAAAGUUCUUGCCAUAUACUGACUGUAAAUAACUCACCUUUGAUGCACCAAGAGGUAAAUAGCGGGAGAGGAAAGGGAAAAGAUUUAGAGGUAGAAGCCACCAUUAGUUCUGCAGAAAAAAAUACAUGCUACCUCGAAAAACUUUUGGAAACUAAGAAGCCUGAAGGAAACAAUAAGAGCAACAAUUUCAGGUCCCUACCAAACAACAUCGGGUUGGAUUUGAAAGUACUGGUUCUUGGCGAGACGUGGUCUUCCUGCUCCCCAGCUGGAGUUACUAUCCUAGGUGGAGAGGCAACUAAGUUUGAUGGAUCUGGCUUCAGGCCUUGGAUAGGUCAGAUAGCUGGAAGGCGCCUGGCAGUUGCAGAACCUCUAGGUCUGAAGUGGCGAGAUGGACCCGAUCCGACUGACACGGAACAACGGAAGAGCAUUAUAGACAGCGCCUCCUGGUGCCAUCCGGGCGCUCACAUCGUCCUCCUGCUCGUGCCCGCCUUUCUGACCUGCACGAGGAAGUACAGGAGGGCGGUGGAGGAACAUGUAGGCUUGCUCGGGGAGGACGUCUGGAGGCGCACUUUGGUGCUUUUUACCCGGGGGGAGAUUCUGGGAGAGAGCGUGGAACAGCACAUCCUGAGAAACGGGGAACUACUGGGGCUCAUAGAGAGGUGCGGGGGCAGGUACCAUGUGCUGACCAGCAAACACAACAACUCAGUGAUCGAUGGGCUGUUGCAAAAGAUGGAAGAGCUCGCAGAUUUUACUUUAGGAAUGUGAGGACUGAAUAAUUAUUAAAAAAAUGUUUAAUGUGUAUUUGUAAAUAUGUUUGACUCAAAACCAAAUGAAUGUGGACUUUCCUAAUUUUUUACCUCUGUAUUUAAUUUGUAAUCCUGCAUUUUCUUGCCUCUUUUGGAUAAAAUAAUUCACAAAUAAAAACAGUUGAAUAUAUCACUAAAGUCCACCUUAAUUGUCAGAAUUCUCUUUUUUGCGAAAAGGGGAAAAAGUCACUUCAAUAAUGUCCAAAAAAAAAUAAAACUAACUGCACUUAACUGCUUUAUU